AUGUCCAGGUCGAACAGCGUCAGCCCUCCCGGUGUCGGUGCGCCGGGGCUGAGGGGAGGGCCCGAGCACAGAUCAGCCUGGGGGGAGUCCGACUCUGUGGCCAACGGGUGCCCAUACUCUGCCAGGUCUCCGCGCAGGAAGCUCACCCGGACCAACAGCCGGUGGAGGGAGGAGGAUGACCCGGACCGCCGGCCGCGACCACCCGACCGGGCCUCCACGACCGUCAGCAGGGUCAGCUUCCGGUCCCGCUCGGCUUGGCAGGACCAUGGCGAGGAGAACCGAGACCACGACCGCGCGUCCAUCAAGCGUCCAGAGGACGAGGUGAGGCCCAAGUCCGUGGAGCUGGGUCUGGAGGAGCGCAGAGGCAAGAGGAGCGACGAGGAGGAGGCGGUCACCAUGCCGGAGGUGAACGUCUCCCUGGCGGCGUGCUGCGUCAGCGUCGUGCACGUCUUCAGGUCCAAGAAGUUCCAGUCGGAGAAGUUGGAGCGGCUCUACCAGCGCUACUUCUUCCGCCUCAACCAGAGCAGCCUGACCAUGCUGAUGGCCGUGCUCGUGCUCGUGUUCACGGUCAUGCUGGCCUUCCACUGCUCCGGCGGCGCAGCGGGACCGAGCGUCACGUUCGUGGUGGUGUUUUCCGUGGCCAUCUUCUUCACGCUCACCCUCAUCGUGGUGUGCAACAGGAGCGGCUUCCACCAGGACCACAUGUGGGUCGUGUGCUACGUGGUCAUCCUGCUGGUCCUGGUGGUCCAGGUCAUCGGGGUGCUGCUCGUGCAGCCCAGGAGCGCCUCGGAGGGGAUCUGGUGGACCGUGUUCUUCAUCCACGUCAUCUACACCCUGCUGCCCGUCAGGAUGCGCGCGGCGGUCAUCACUGGGCUCGUGCUGUCCGCCGUGCACGUGGCCAUUUCUUGGAUGAUAAACGGGAUGGACAGCUUUCUGUGGAAACAGUUCCAUGAAAGCCUCCUGCUGCAGAGCUCAUUGAAGGUCCUCAAGGACUCGGAGAACGACGACUCGCUGAGUCCUGACUCUACAACUCGUAAAGACCCGACCUUCACCAUCACGACGCGUGACGGACACCAGGAGUAA